GGGCUCGCAGGUAUGAUAAGAUUCAAGAUAGUUUACUGUUGUUUCCAGUACACAGAUGUAAAGGGGAACAAAGGAAUUGUUACUCUGCAUCUGAGGUAGGGCUAAAAACAACAAGGUAAGGAUUAAAAAAAAACCACAAUAGGGGACUGACAGGAAAUACAGUCGUAGAGUCAUAGUGGUGAAAUGAUAAAGUAGUAGUGGCGGUGGUGGUGGUGGGGUGGGUUAGUGGGUGGAGGUGUUGAUUAGUCUUACUGAUUGGGGAAAGUAACUGUUUUUGAGUCUGGCGGUCCUGCCAUGGAUGCUACGUAGCCUCCUCCCUGAUGGGAGUGGGACGAACAGCCCAUGAACAGGGUGGGUGGAAUCCUUCAUGAUGUUAUUGGUAUUUUUCGUGGCACCUUUCUGCAUAUGAGUUUUCUGCACCUUCCUUGAUGGCGAGUAGGCUGUUGCUGAUGGGUUGUUUUGACGAACCAUUACGGUCUUCUGUCGGCCGCAGGGCUGUUUCCACACCAUUCAUUGAUCACAUGUUAGAACACUCUCUCCUGCGCAUCUGCAGAAAGACGUGAGUACCGACCCUUGUUUCACGAUCUACCUCGUUAUUACCGUACAUUUUAUUGUUUACCUGUACUGCACUUUCUCUGUAGCUGUUACACUUUAUUCUGCAUUCUGUUAUUGUUACACGGUGUAACGGUCUGAUCUUUGUGAAGAGUCUGCAAGACCAGCUCGGUACUUGCGGCAAAAUAACCCACGUCAGCAGCCUCUCAGAGGUCACAUGCGGUCAGAAACAGGAAGUCGAACUCUCACUCAGACUUGAAACUGAAAGUUCCGAGUAGGGGAGAGAGGAGUAAGAUGGCUUCUGCAAACUUCGUCCAGGAUUUAACGUGUCCCGUCUGUCUGGAGGUGUUCACCGAUCCGGUCUCUCUGGAGUGCGGACAUAAUUUUUGCGGAGCGUGCAUUUCUCAGUCUUGGGAGAGGGUCUCGGGGAAUGUCUCCUGCCCUCAGUGCCGGCAGGUGUUCGCCCAGAGGAACACCAGGCCCGCUUAUACCCUGAGAAACAUCGCGGAGAAGGUCAAGCAGCUGAGGGUGGGGGCGCCCGAGCAGAAGGAGGAGUUUGUCUGCCGGGAGCACGACGAGAAGCUGAAACUGUUCUGUCAGGAGGAACAGGAGAUGAUCUGCCUGGUGUGUGGCCAGUCUGCGCAGCACAAGAUGCACAAUGUCAUCCCGAUAAAGGAGGCAGCCCAGGGGCACAAGGAAAAGUUGGAAGAGUCCCUGAAGCUUCUGCAAGAGCAAAUGACUCAGAGUGUUUGGAGUAAGCAGGAAGGGGAGGCUGCGAUCCGGCAGCUGAAGGACCAGGUUGAUGGACAGAGCUGUGAGAUCAGGGCUGAAUUUGAGAAGAUGCACCAGUUCCUGCGUGAGAGGCAACAGCAGAUGUUAGCAGAGCUGCAGAGAGAAGCAGACAAAAUCCUAACACAACUGGAAAACAACUUAAAGAGAACAGUCGACAAAAUAACUUCUCUUGAAGGAGUGAUACAAGAUGUAAAAGUGACAUUGGAAAUUCAAGAUCCCCAAGGGCUCCUCAAGGAUAUUCAAGCCCUUUUGAAGAGGUGUGAGUUGCCGGUUUCCAGUCCUGGAGUGGUGUCUGUCGAUCUUCCUGAGGAUGUGGCUGAAGGAAGGUUGAGGUAUCUCAAAGUGUGGAAGGAAAUGAGAGCCGUGGUUUCACCAGUGCCAGAGCGGCUGACGCUGGACCCAGAUACAGCUCAGAAUAAUCUCGUCCUCUCUCAGGAUCUGAUGAGUGUGAAGUUUGUGACCGUCAAACAAAAUUGUCAGGAUCACCCGAAAAGAUUUGUAUUAAAAUUAAAUGUUUUGAGUUCACAGGGUUUUACAUGUGGGAAGCACUACUGCGAGGUGUAUGUUGGAUAUAAGACUGAGUGGGUUGUGGGUGUCUGCAGAGAGUCUGUAAACAGGGAUAGAGGGCACACCUGCACACCAGCAGAGGGAUACUGGGUCAUUUAUGUAUUUUCCAAUUCAGUGAAGAUACCAGAUGUCAUCUCCCAUCUGGAAAUGAAACUCCGAAAACUGGGGGUUUACCUGGAUUACGAGCGGGGCCAAGUGUCAUUUUACAAUGCUGACAACAUGUGUCACAUCCACACUUACACAGACAGUUUCACUGAGAAACUUCAUCUCAUCUUAAAUCCAUGCGAUUACGAAACAGAUGCCAACUCUGAACCACUCACACUGCUCACCACUUAACACAGUGGGACACGUUCUCCGAGGUCUCAGACUUCUCUGGACCCACUGAGCAGAUCUCACUGCACCGAUUCUCUGAAAUACAACCAGAAAAAGCCAGAGCACUCAGCAGUGGGGGAAACAUAGUUAAUGUUUCAGGUACAGACCAGCAUGUGAGAACUGAUUCUCUGCCAUUGCUACUGACAGGUGAGGCUGUUUAUAUUGACGUCUAAUCUAUAAAUUAGACUCGGUGUCUCCUUCCCAGCUCUCUCUCACUCUCUCCUACUGCCUGCAGUCCAGGCGCACGUGCUGUUGGAACAAAAUGAAGUGGACUGUUCUCUAGAAUUGUGAUAUCUGCAUCUAAUAAUCAGUGUAAAAAUGUGCAGAUAUUCUCUAUGUAAUAAACAUUUUUUAGAUUCUUUUUGGAUUAUAAGAAUACUCAGUCCUCUUUUAUUGUCAUUUAGAAAUGCAUACAUGCAUUAAGAAAUAAUACAAUGUUUCUCUGGAGUGAUAUCACAGAAAACAGGACAGACCAAAGACUAACACUGACAGAACCACAUAAUUAUAACAUAUAGUUACAGCAGUGCAAAACAAUACCAUAAUUUGAUAAAGAACAGACCAUAGGCACGGUAAAAAAAAGUCUCAAAGUCCCGAGUCGAUGGACUCCCGACUCCCCGAUAGCAGGCGGCAAAAGGGAGAAACUCCCUGCCAUAAACCUCCAGGCACCGUCAACUUGCCGAUACCUUGGAAGCAGCCGACCACAGCCGACCCUGAGUCCAUCCGUCUGAAAACUCUGAGCCUCUGACCAGCCUCUCCGAUACAGCCUCCCGAGCGCCGUCCUCUGCCGAGCACCUUCGACCUCUCCCCGGCCGCUGAAACACGCAAAGCUGAGGAUCUCAGGGCCUUCAGCUCCAGAGAUUCUGGUUACCACACAGUAGCAGUGGCAGUCAAGCAGGCAUUUUGGAAGUUUUCCAGGUGUUCCGCUAUGCUCUCACGUCUGUCUCCAUCAAAUCAGAAUUGUGCACGGUCCCCUACUUGACAGAUAACAGACAUCACCACCGAAGUGGCCGUUGUCGCGCCGCCAUCUUCUCCCCCUCCCGGGGAGAAAGCUGCAGAGUGAACUGACAGUGUGUCUGAGCUGGUUACGUUGGGGAAACUGUGAACGGAAUGGGAACAAAAUGGGAGGCGGAGGUUCGGGUUCAGCUCUGCAGGGAGGACAGGGAACUGUUGCCUCUCAGCUUUUUGGAGAUUGCAGCCCAGGUUUGGGCAAGGACAUCUCUGCGUGGUUUCUGUGAAAGGCAGACAGAUUGAUCCAAUUAAAGAGUGCUCUUUAAAGCCCAGAGAAGCCAAGGUGUGUCAGGUCAGUUGAUUGGGGUUUGAUGAUAGACGUUGCCUACUUGAGGCAGUACCUCACGUAAAUACUACCAGUGUCGGGGAGGGGAGUGUUAGUGAUGCAUUGGGCAGAGUCCACUACUCUGCAGCUUCUUACAUUCCUGAAUGUUUGAAUAGCUGUGUCAGACCAUAAUGCAACCACAGGAUACUGUCAACAGGAUAUUUGUAGAUGUUUGUUAAAAUGUUUGGCGACAGUCUGACCCUCCUAAUAAAGUAAAGUCACUGACUCACCUUCCUUGUGAUUGCAUUCAUGUGCUGAGCCUAGGAUCAGUCACCUCAUAUAUUACUCGAGGAAUUUGAAGUUGCUGACCCUCUCCACUUCAGUGUUCUGACUUGCUGUCUAUUUCCCCGGGAUACCUUUCCAUUAUCACUUCUAUUGGAUCAUUUCCUCAUUCUCAGUUGAAUUAUUCACCCCAGCCCUGCACUGUUGUACCCAAACUUUCACCAAUAACUGUUUUGCAGUCUGUGUUUCUAAUGCCCUCAACAGGCUGACUUA